AGUCCUGAAGGUAGAGCGAGUUGGGAAGAGCAGCAGAUCCCGCAAAGACGAGGGAAAUCCAUCCAGCUUGAUGGCCAGAGCCUUUCCUAGAGGCUGGGGAUGGAGCAACACCACAGGCAGGCAACAGAUAGUUCCUAGGUGGGGAGGGGCAUGGAAAUCCCGCAGGAUCCCCUCAGUCCUCCAGACUGCUCGCGAAGACGGAGGGAGCUUCCGUCUCUCCUGCUGCCUGUAUUUGCGCGCCAACCAAAGCGGCAAGAGGGAAGUCCCCCCGCCAGCCAGCCAGCCAGCCAGCCGGGGAAGCGCCCUGUGGGUGGACGGUUCGUUGGCCCAGUCGCCCGAGCACAGCCUGCCGCCUCCUUCCACCACGACGAGCCGAUCUUGGCUGUCUGGUAGCCGAAGCAGUAGCUUGAAGCCCGCGUAUCUGCUGGGGUUUGGAAUGGACACGGAGGGUCUGCUGCUGCUGCUGGGCGCCGCGCUGCCCUUUUGCGGGGGGGAAGGACGGAGGGAGGACUAGGUCUCUGGCUGGUCUGGAGCAACGCAGCCGUGCUGCCGCCUCUGAUCUCUCCGCCCCGCCCGGCUCUUUCCAUGGGAUUAAAAACAGGGCUGUGAAGCCAGCCGCGUGGAUCGUAGUAGCUCGCCUUCUGCCUCUCUUGGAGCAAACCAUGCGGGAUCUAGCUAUCGAGAUCGGGAUACGAGUCCUGCUCUUCGGUGUCUUCGUUUUUACAGAAUUUUUGGACCCAUUCCAGAGAGUUAUUCAGCCAGAAGAGAUCUGGCUCUAUAAAAACCCUUUGGUAGAAUCUGACAACAUACCUACACGCCUCAUGUUUGCAAUUUCAUUCCUGACACCACUGGUGGUCAUAUUUGUGGUGAAAAUCAUCCGACGGACAGACAAGACUGAAAUUAAAGAAGCCUUUUUAGCUGUUUCCUUGGCUCUUGCUUUGAAUGGAGUCUGCACAAAUACAAUUAAAUUAAUAGUGGGGAGACCUCGUCCCGAUUUCUUUUACCGCUGCUUUCCAGAUGGAGUAAUGAACUCCGAAAUGGACUGCACAGGUGAUCCGGAUGUGGUAUCAGAAGGCAGGAAAAGCUUCCCCAGUAUCCACUCUUCCUUUGCAUUUUCAGGCCUUGGCUUUACCACCUUCUACCUAGCCGGGAAGUUGCACUGUUUCACCGAGAAAGGCCGUGGGAAAAGCUGGCGGCUCUGUGCAGCAAUUCUACCUCUGUAUUGUGCCAUGAUGAUAGCUCUAUCACGCAUGUGCGAUUACAAGCAUCACUGGCAAGAUGCUUUUGUUGGAGGGGUCCUCGGCCUUGUAUUUGCGUACAUUUGCUACAGGCAACACUACCCUCCAUUAUGUAAUAUGGUAUGUCACAAACCAUAUGCCAGCCUGCUAGUUCAGACAUCACUGAAGAAAGAAGAGACACCAACAGUAGACAAUGCAACCAGCCUGCCUCUAGAAGGGAUAACAGAAGGUCCGGUAUGACUAAUACACAUGCAGGAUGAACUUUUAGCCCUUUCAUACAUUCCACCAAUCCAAACUGGUCUCUCUGCAUAAUAAUUCUUUAACAGCUGUGAUUCUGCCAUACCCCUUCUUACUUUUACACACCCAUUUCUUUGCAUCUCUACACUUUUGUCCUCUGUUUUCUUUCUUGUUCCUUGCAAAAUAGAAGAAAUAUUCACAAAGAAGAAUGUUUGCAAGAAAAGGAAAUCUCAUUUGUGGGUGCAAAGACAGAGCUGGCAGGUGUGAGCUGCUGUUGGUGAUUACUAAUUGCGAUUUAGAUAGCACUUCUAAAGUGCAGAGUGCUUGAUCACAAUGGCCUUGUGAAGCAGGUCAGACACAGGUUGGAAGAGAGUGACUUGCCCAAGGCUGCCCAGUGGAACCUACAACUGAGCUGGAAUGUAGACUGGGAUCAGUUUUUCUACCAAUGGACUGAACUGGCAGCAGAGACAAAUGAUGGGCAACCUGAACUGUCGUUGACUUCAGACCUGUGUUUCCCAAGGUGUUCAACAGGUGGCAGCACUGGACCCUUGUGCUGAUCUCUUUUGUAUCUCCUAAGGUUGUAUGCAAGUGCAGCAACCUUCUGUUUAUCUCCCAGUUAUGGAGCACAUGGAAUGAAUAUUGUUGGGCUGCCAAUCAAGUCAUGGCAUGGUCAUUCUGAUCUGUCUAUAAUGAAAUAAUUGUUUUAAAUAUACAAAACCGUGAGAGCUGGAGAAGGCCAAGAUUGCUGGCAUAAGUCAUUCCUGAGGAAGAUGUUGACAGCAUAGUUCUGCAAAGCUGUUGAAAUUGUCAGCUGGCAAUAACAUAUGUUGAUAGGAUCACUUGGACACUCUGUAUUAACACAUUAGUGUGUGUGUGUGUGUGUUUUCUUUGAGACCACUGUAGUAAUUACUUUCAAACUGACUGACUCAUUUCAAAACAGCAAGCUGUGAUCCUUUUAAAAUGCUGAGAAUUAUGAAGGUGAAGAAACACAUUUUUGUGAAUAUGUGAUUUACAGUCAUCUAUGUAUAACAAUUUUGGUUGACUCUGAAGCACUAGAUAGUUCCUCAUUCAUGGCAACUUGUUCUAGAAAGCUUGACUUUGUCUCCAGCACCAUGUUCACUUAAUAAUUGUUUUUAAAAUAUUGUUGGCUGCACCUGCAAUUCUGAAUCUUACCCUUUCCUAAGCACCAAGUCUGGAAGUUUGUUGUAUCACUACAUGUGCGUGUGUGUGUGAGUGGUGAGGAAGGGGGGGUAUUUGGUAGCAUAAACAAUAACAAUUCUAGGCUUGAUUCUAAAGCUCUGUGGCCAGAAGCCUCUCAGAACAGCAUGCUGUGUAGAUGAACUCCACGGGGACACAUAAUUCAUGGACACUGGCACAUAAGUAGUAAACCAAGGUUGCAAUAAAUGGCAGAAGACUGAAUUAGUCCAUCUUUUUCAAAGUGCCCCUUUGGCUUGAGGGGUACAGGGCCUGCAGAGACAAAAAUCUAUUUAUUUUUCUAUAAGGAAGAAAAAGCUGCCUUCUGGUUCAUGAACCUCCUACUGUGCUAUUUCACAGGUAUAUAAAAUACUAUUUCUUGAGAAAGGGUUUGCAUCGGGGUGGAGCUAUAAAUGAGCGGACGUGUUCAAAGAACAUUAGCCACUCACUGCCAGGGGCCACCUCCUGGCUGCAUCUCCCCCAGCCCUCUGGGCCACCUUUUCCCCUCCCAUGGCCUUCCAGUUCCUUGCUUGCUCGCCACCUCCUAAAGCUUUAGGAGGCACAGUCACAACUUUUAUGCUUUUCCCUUAGAGAUCCAUCUUUUUAGUCUGGCCAUUAAUGAUAGCUAGUUUUUUAAAAAGAAGAAGAAGAAGAAGAAGAAGUUUUAAUCUGUUUUUAAAUGUAUGUUGAUUUUAAUUGUUUUAUUACGUGUUUUUGAUUUCAAUAUAAACCGCCCUGAGCCACUUUAGGAAGGACGGUAUUUAUGUAUUUAUUUUAUUUGAUGCGCAUAUAUAUGCUUAUUUAUAUAAUAUAUAAAAUAUAAAAGUCAAACAAACAAACAAACAAACAAAGAUGUGUCCCAGGUCCUGGAGUAGUGCGUGGUGCCUGGGCCCAUAGGAGGGUCUUCUCUGUGGCUGCCCCUAUUCUUUGGAACACUCCCCCCCGAUUCGUUCAGCCCCCUCCCUGGCUGCUUUUAAGGCCCUUCUUAAGACCCACCUGUUUCUCCAGGAAUUUGCCCUUUAAUAAUAAUAAUAAUUAUUAUAGUAAUUAUUAUUAUUAUUAUUAAACUAAUUGUUAUUGGUAUCAUUGUUGUUCACCGCCUAGAGUCUUUGGAGGAGGUGAUAUAUAAGAAAAUCUAAAUAAAUAAAUAAAUAAGUAAGUAAGUAAGUAAGUAAGUGUAUGUCUGUCACAUUUAUUUGUGCCUGGUGGGCAACGUUUUUAUAGCAUACAGCGGCCAGGGAAAGCUUAAAAGCCGCUGUUGCAACUCCUGGAGCUUUAGUUGCUUCUGCCACUAUUGCAACAGCUCCAACUCUUUUCCUAUGCUUUUCGGCACCUCUUUGGGCUCCUGCAGUUGGAAUGUUUUGGCGUGGGUGAGGGGUCAACACCAUUUGCGUGCCUAUGCCACGCGAGGGCUCCUGGGAGCAGCAUGCCAUUUUAAAGAGGACAGCAGUGCGGCUACUGCUUUAAGUUAGGUUUUAAGCAUGACAGCGUCGUGAUGGGGUGGCAGGGAGCAGCAGCAGCUCAACAAAGGAGUAGACCUGCCUGCCUCCUUUUUUACUGCACCCCACCCCCUGAGACUUGUAUGAAGCAUUUUGUGCACAUCCCUAUUCUGUAGAGCCAGCAGCCAAGGAAACCUGAUUUGCUGCUGCUCCUGGAGCUUUAGGAGUUGCCGGUGCGGUGGUGGCAAUAAUGGCAGUGGGGGGAGUAGGCGGAGACAGUGACUACAACUAGGAGAAGAUGAGCUACCACAGAGGCUGGAGCAGUGGAGGGCCAAGGGGGCCAGUGGCAUGGCUGUGACCGUGGCUGCAUUUCGAACAGUGGCUGCUGCCAAUGUCAGUACACCGCUGGUUUGCAACAUAUAACCAAUUUCAUAAAACCCAAUCCAGCUUUUGGAUAGUUCUCCAACCCCCUCCGAAGUCCAUAUCCAGUAAGGAUACAGGAGCACAUGAUGGCACACAGGAGUUUUUCUUUCCCUAUCUCCUGUAUAGACACACUACUGUGCACACCAAUUCAGUGCCAAGAUUUGAAUUCUAUUACCUGAUCUGGUCUUGGGAACUGCAUUUUGCAUGUAGUUCACAGUCCAGCAAGGGAUGAAUGGGCGAAGGCCAUCCUCCUGCACAUCACAUUACUGGAUCAAGCCAUUAUAAGUAACAUUCACAUUAAUUUAUUUUUUAUUGGCUACCACCAUUAUUUGUUCAUGCAUCCCACCGCAGUGAAACUGUGUCCAUUAAUUGACAGCAAAAAUAAGAGUCACUUCCAGCUUUUCCUAUGUUAUUGCUAGCUAGCCUGAUGGAGGCUUCUUUAUCAACCUUUAUGAUUAUCCAUUAUGGUGCUUUAGACUGGAAGGGACUGCUGCCAUAGUUGUUCUUAUAACUAAUGUGUACCUGAUGGACUAUGCAUUGGCCUUAUAGCCAUUCUGUGAUUCAACAAGCUUUCUGUCUCUCUGUAAAAGCUGGUAAUUUUCUUUGUCAAUUUAUGUAACUUUUUUUUUCCUGUGAAGGUUGUCAAAUACCAGUGAUAUUUUGAUGGGAGUGGGGUGGGGAGAGAGAGAGAGGAGCCUUUUAAGAAGAGGAUCCAUUAUGGAAAAUAAAAUUUCUUUUUUUUAAAAGGAUGGCAAUUUAAUUCAUGUACUGAAAAUGUACAAUAAUUUAGAAACAAAUUAAUAAAAAGCCCUAUAGUAAGUAAUGGAAAUGAGAUAUUUGAAUGUCUGUGUAUUCUAUAUGUAAAUACAAUGGGCUGUGAAAGACAUCAAGGUGAUCUGGAUAUUACAUCUCUGUAUGGGAGAAAGGUAAAAUUGUGAAGUAAUGCAAAGCCAGCUGGAUAUCAGGAUUUGCCUUUACUGAAUAAAUAUGCAAUGGCAUAACUUUUGCCUAUCCAGUGGAUUUGGAAAUUUUUGGAGUAAUUAUGCCCACUGACUGUAUACAUGCAUAUUCUAUAAAUCACUUGUAUUAACAAAUGGAAUUUUCACAAUGGUCUUGUGUCUAUAUUUUUAAAAAAUAUAUAUUACAGAAUUGGUUCUGUUAUACGGUGCUCUAACAUUUUUAUUCAGAUAUCUGUGUCUACACGAAAUGAACCAUUGAAAAUUGCAAUAUGUGAUAUGUGUCAACUAAAAUGAGUAGAAGAGUUGUGAGAGGAGUUUGUUUUUGGCAGUCCUUCUAAAGAAUACUCAAAGCCUUGUUAUGGGAAUCUGCCUUUAAGAUCAAAGAGUGGCUAGAGUUGUCUUUGGCUUAAAAGCUUUCCUGGUAGUUUAGCUCUUCUUGUGCCUUCGGGUAAGUUUAGUUGAUCAGGUGUGGGUUUUCUCUCCCAAGGGUGUGCCUUUCUCUAAAUUUCCUUUGAGGAUGUCCCCAAUACUGUCAUCAUACCCCUCUGCAUAUAUGUACCCCAUCCAUAUCAACACUUUUGGAAUGAAAACUGAAGUGACUACUUAGGCACAUCUCCUUUCAACGAGUGGCUCCUUCUGGCAACUCUCAGAGCUGUGAUGGAGUUUUGCAUACUACCAAGUCAACACAUCAUAAUGAAGAUAUUUAUUGAAAGGCUUAAUUUAUUUCAGAAUUUAUUUAAUUUAUUUAACUUAUUUCAGAAAUUCCCAUAGUGGCCCAGUUCUGGCACUUUAAAAGAAAACUGUUUCAUGGCUCAGUGUGUGGAGUAUCUGAUUUUUCACCAUGCCACCUCAAGCUCUUUGCGGCUUUCAGUGCCAUGGCAAAAUUGAGAACACUGGUCACCAUGCAGAGCAACUUCCACAUGAUUGCUAUGAUUGUACUCUCAUGCAGCUAUGUCUUCAAACUGAUUUUAUUCACAAGUUGAUAUUAUAAUUAGAAUCUAUUAUUACUGUUGUUAUUCAUUGCUUCACUUUUGCCUAUAAGCACUGUUUCUUCCAUGAACAUUUUGCCAUCCUAGUUCUGUCACAGACUGAAGACUGGGUGUUUCUAACUGUAGCAAAUGUGCAUUUUGUGCAUGGUUGCAUUGAUCAGGCGAAUUCUUAAGAACAAAAUAUAUGUGCUUCCCUCCAAAAAGCUGUAAGAGUGCUCUGUAGCCCUAUAGAGACAUUAUGCUGAACACUCAUACAAGCAUACACAGGUACAGAUCUGUACACAGGUGCACUUAUUCACAUGUUAUGUUGAACACAGGUACAGCAAUACACUUCCCGGCAGCCAUCACCAGCCUCGCCACACCCCCUGCAUCUGAUGUCAGACACAUGAGGCGUGGCCACACUAGCAAACAGGGCCAUGCACCCCAUUUGGAAGGAAAUUCCGGCCAGCGCAGCCUUCACAGCAUUG